AGAAAACAGAGUAUACAACAGAAAACACAAUCGUUUAUUUUUGUUCUCUGUGUUCCCAUACACAAAAUCUUCCAGCUUCUGUUUCUCCGUUUUGUUCAACGGAGUUACAAAGCGGAAGAACCUUUGCCUUCGGCCUGAAAGACCAAAGAUAUGGGAACUGGUGGAAUAACGUCCAACGCUCACGUGGUCUCUCCCACGUGGCAUCACAAGCACGUGCCUCCUAUGGAUGACGACUCUGUUCUUCAAAGAGACAUCGGAGAGCUUCUUUCACGGUGGGGCGGGCUUCAAAUGGCCGUAAAGAACCAGUGGGGAGGCCAUGAUUCUCUCAAGAAAUCUCAAGAGCUAGCUCACAAUCUUUUUCAUCUCAUCUCUCAAUCAAAUGUGAUUACGGUGGAAGAAAUAGAGAAUUUGCUACAUGAAAGCUUGCUUCUUUCUUUCAACACAGAGAUUGAAGAUGGCAGCAUUGAAGAGGUAGCUGAACAAUUGAUGAUACUCCAUGAAGAACAUUUACGUGGGACUCUUUAAGCAGUAGCUUGAACGAUUUAUAUCAUUUUUGGUGUAUAAUUAGAUCAAUGUAAGAUACAAAGAAUUGAAAAUUGGGUGGACAACAAAAUAUUAUUCAUCAGAAAUCAUAGAAUAUAGGAAUACGUAUCAAAAUCUAUGUUUAUUUGAUGUAAUCAUUUUGUAGUUGUGAUGAACAGUUUUUCCUAAUGUAAUUUCAAAUUAACCAGUAAGACACUCCAUCAUGAUUAAUGUGGGGAAUAUGGACCGAGUGACCGAUACCACGUAGAAAAUAUAUAUCUAAAUUUUCCAAUAUAAUGCAACAAAAUUCA